AUGGAGGAGGCUCCUUUGAAGAAGUUAUUACUACGUCUUAUUGGUUUUUCUAUUUAUGCGCUCAUCGGUGGAGCUGUUUUUAUGCAAAUCGAAAAAGAGGAAGAUCAAAACGCUGCUGAACAAACGUUGGAUGAUUUACUGCUCAAGUGGAUGAAGACAUGUAACAUUUCCAGAGAAAAUGUCACAAACAUGUUACAAGAUUUCCAAAGUUUGAAAGAGAAUGGAUACAAACCAUCAUGGAGCUUUAUUAACUCAGUCUACUUUGUUCUGCAACUCCUCACGACAAUAGGUAAGGGUUGAAUACUUCGUUUAAUUUAUUUUUGUUGUUGUUGUGUCAAAUUACACAGUUCAUAAAAGGGAAAGAUGUUUUUAAAAAAAUGAUCACGAGUCAAACCAAUAUAUCGUGGCUUCAAUAGCAGCAUAAUUAUCCAAACUGCGCUGAACAUCAAAUAUUGAAAUGUGUUUUCCAGCGGGCAGCACUCUUUUAUUUGGCCUAAGCGGGUGAGUCUCUAAACAACGAAUUAUUUUGAUCAGGGUCUUGAGUCUUAAAGAGGGCAUACAAUUUCACCAUUUCACUUUUUGAACUGGGUGGUUUUUGUUUUGGACUGGAAGGUUGGCGAUCAGCGGUCUACAUUUGCGGCAACAACAUUUUUUAAAAAUAUUUUAUUCCGUGAUUUUGGUUGAAAAAAUUAUCUCAUUCUGUAUGUACAAACGAAACGAAUCAGGGUAAUAAAGUAAGCUCUCUUUUCUUGAAGCGACUAAACACAGUUUCUGUGACAUAAACAUUUGUUUUCGAGCGCGUCAAAGACUGACGUGAUGUGAUGACGUGUUUUCGCCCCUUAAAAUGCUUUAUCCCUCUACUAUUAACAUCUUUACUAUGAGAAGACAUGCAGCCAAUGAGAUUUUCUAGUAAAAAUGUAAGCACCAGCUGGGAGAAAUGGCCAGAAGUUGUCUGUAGAAAUUUAUUCUGUUCUCGUCGCUUUUGUCACAUCGCGUGAACCAAGCGCGCGCACAAGUUUUGAGCAUGCGUACUUAGGGAAAACUGUGAGAACGUUUUUUUUUUGUUGACUUUAAUAGACAGAGCUUAAGCAACUAAGACGACGACGACAACGACGACGUCAAAAAAAAUAGUUUUUAUGAACAAAACAACAGCUCUGCACGUGCAUCUCGCUUUUUAGUACAUUUCUUUGACGUCCACCGCACGACUACGACGUGAAACCUCCCAAUGCGACGUUUUAUGGAGGACGUAGACAUACGACGACAAAUUUUCCUUUCUCUAUUUGAACAUGGAUAAAGUCCCUAAGAAUUCAACUCCUGGAAAGUCGCCUGCAUUUGACGAGUUGAGCGGUUCCAAACUGAGACGCGAUAAAGUUUGAAAGGAUGCAACUACAUUUUUUUAGUGAUGUUUUCGCUGCCGUUGUCGUCGCUGAAAGAAACGACGAUAUCUCAAAACCUACUCAUUAGAAUUUAACGACAUUUGGCAAAAUUCUUGUCAAUAUCGCUCUUUACGACCGAGGGGGACACCUAUCUCUGAAUAAAUUCAUAAGGCAAAAUUUUACUUGUGCUAACGCUUAUAUCUCGGCUGUUUUAGAGGCGACUUAGAUAAAAAUUUUACAGAGACAUUGUGAAAUGAUGGACGUUUCGGAGGCUUGGUUUUUAGUUGGUAGAUCGCGCUUUACAGCGAUGCUUUAAGCCACAGUUCUACCAAAUUGGGAAAUUGUGAUUUUGUGUCCAAGUUUGCGGAAAGAAUAGAAGAUAGCUGCACUCUGUGAUUUUAUUAAUAAAUGAUCGGUCAAAACUGCCCUAGUGUGUUUUGUAUUGAGCAGAUCUUGUAAUUUAUAAGUUUGCCAGCAAGAUAUAAUCGUUUAAAUGAGCAAAAUCUGUCCUCCCCGAAAUUAACGCCUUAUAUAUUUUUAUAAAAGCGCUCUUUUAGAAUUCCGCUCUAUACAGAACACACUACAGUCUACCAAGUGACCCCUCUGAAGUGCCAGCUCGUCAAGUUUUGUUUAUCUGCACUGAAUUCUUGGACACAAAAUUGUCAGAAAAGUCAAAUUUUGAGACUCCCGAAAGUGUCCCGACUAAGGGCCUGUUCAUAUGAGCCCGGUUGACCGGGCUGGCCCGGUUUCCGAGAUCUCGCCUCACCUCUAAAUCCUUUGUAAAAUUUUCGAUGUGUUCAUAUGAGAGGGUGGGCUGGCUCGGUUCCCGAGAUCUCGGUUUUUCCAACCGAGAUCUCGGUAAGCGGGCUGGAAAUUUUGCCAUAUGAACACUUCAUCCCGGUUGCCGGGAUGAACGGCGGGAUGAAUUCUGGCGGUCCGGAUGGCAUCGUCUUGCAUUGUCUGCUGUGUUUUCCACAUCAUAAGUAUCCCAUUUAACUGCAGUGAUACAGCUUUAAGAGUUACCGAUGCUAAGAUAGGCCCGAAAGUGAAAAUUUUUGUGUUUCGCUAUAUUUGCUUUGUUUCCCAAAUUUGGCGCCAGAACUCGUACCCAGGAUCUUUGACCUUUUCUCAUCUCGGAAACCGGGCUAAAAUUUCUCAUAUGAACCCAAGGCAGAAUUCAUCCCGGUAACCGAGCCAGCCCGGUCAACCGGGCUCAUAUGAAGAGGCCCUAAAGCACGAAUUCCAAGCAAGAUAUGUAAUUAUAAUUAUGGUAAUUAUGGUUAAUUAUGUUCCACGUAUUAAUUUUGUUUAUAAGCUGCAAUGUUUUCAAGGAUUUUUGAGGCGAAAAAAAAAGCACAAAGUUUUGGUAUUGAAUUGGUUGAAAUUUCUAAAGAUUUCCUUAUUUUCAUUUCCAUAUUGUUAAAAAUCGUAGAGACAAGGUUUGAUUCAGAGCCCGUUUCUUACUUUGAAAUAAACAUUUUGUUCGCAGUCGGCUUGACACACGAGCGCGUAAACACUUUAAAUUAUGCACUCAUCUUUUAUCCAGUUAUGAAUAUCUCGUAAACCUGUCGAUAUCAGCCGUUGUACUUCGUGCAUACGUUUUAAGUAAAUGCAUAAUAAUGAGCCCAAGGUGUUCCCCGCGACCUUAUCUAAUCAUUCCCUGAUCAUUGAAAACCUGAAAAUUAAAGUUGAACAGAGGAUUUUUGUGACACAAACAAAUCUCACAAGAUAGCAGGUUAUGGGCUCAUGAAGAUAGCUAUUUUGUUAAAAAUUUCAAAAACUGUUUGUUACAAUUCUGCAAAGGCAAACUGAUUUUUUGAGUUAAGACGUAAGGUUUACUAUGUUACUGAAAACUAAGAACGACAAGUCCAAAGACUACUGCAAAGCUGAUUUAAAACAACGUUUAUUUUUUUUUUAUAACAUUAUUUCGGCUGGCCAUAUCAGCCUUCUUCAGGUUUACAGAUGUAUUGAAAACUGUUUUCCGUACGGUUUUUGUUGACAGGUUAUGGCAACAUAACCCCUGCAACAGCUGGUGGCCAAGUUUUCACCAUUAUCUACGCAUUUCCUGGAAUCCCAAUCACUCUCCUUGCAUUGCGUGCAGUUGGAAAAUUGGUCAACAUCGGUUUAAAAAAGGCAAACAGACCCCUACACAGAAAACGUCACGGUAUGGCCUGCCCAGAAAACCAAUGUCCUUUCCUGGAAAAAGCAAAUAUGUGCAUCAAUUUAUGUUGCUUCGUUUUAACUUGGGUGAUGGUAACAACAGUUCAAGCGCGUUUGGAGCCAGAGAAGUCUGUUGUGUUCAUUGUUUAUUCCAUGUUCGUGACGUACUCCACUGUUGGAUUUGGCGAUUUUAUCCCGUUUGAAAAACACAAAUCCAUUUUUAUCGUAUUUGUUCUGCCUGGCCUGUCCUUUUUAUCGGGUUUGAUUGAUUCUGUUGUCGCUUACUUGGAAAAAAGCAACGUGUUAGGAAAGCGUUGUUAUCAAUGUGUGAGUUGCCUGGGAGUAAAAAUGAAAGCAAAAAGGGCAAGAAUAAAUUCCGCAGAAGCGGUUAAGGCCCAAAAAAGUCAAGAUACAGUAGAAACGGAUAUUAAUGCAGAGCACGCCGUGUGA